AUGAAGUCUGUGACUUUGACUGUGGCCUUUGUGACACUGGAUGCCUGUGUCCUCUGCAUGUCUCUCUCUCUCUGUGUCUCUCACCCUUUCCUCUUUGCCCUCACCCUUCCAUCCACAGGCCGUGUGUCUCUGACCCGGGGUGCCUCUCUGCUGGUGGAACGGCUGACCCUGGAGGACGAGGGCUGGUUCGAAUGUCGCAUCCUGCUCCUUGACAGCAAAAAAGAUGACUUUCGAAACGGCACAUGGACCUUCCUCUCCAUCACAGCUCCACCUGUGUUUAUCAAGACCCCACCAACUUUUGUGGAGGUUCUGCUCGGAGACUCACUGACUCUCAGCUGUGGAGCCCAUGGCAAUCCUCGGCCAACUGUUGUUUGGCAUAAAGAUGAGAGCCAAAUUGAGAAACAUGAAAAAAUAAAAGUGCUCAAUGGUACCUUGUCUUUGGCCUCCGUCACAAGAAAUAUUUCAGGAGUGUACAAAUGUCACGUGUCCAACUCAGAGGGGAACCUGACCCACUAUACACAGCUGCAGGUCAAAGGUCCUCCAAUCAUCAUAAUCUCCCCAGAAGACACCACCCUCAACAUGUCCCAGGAUGCAGUUCUGCAGUGUCAGGCCGAUGCCUACCCUUCUAACCUCACGUAUGAGUGGGUGAAACAAGGACAGAAUGUUUACCAUAUUGAGUCUCUAAAGUCCAGAGUGAAGGUUUUGGUGGACGGAACACUUCUUAUCCCUAAUCUUAUCCCGGAAGAUGCUGGUAACUACACCUGUAUCCCAACAAAUGGGAUACUGAGCCCUCCCUCAGCCUCUGCACAUCUGAAAGUGAAACACCCUGCACGUGUAGGCCGAAUGUCCCGAGAAACAUACUUGCCUGCGGGCAUGGAGGGGGUCAUUGUCUGCCCUGUCCAGGCUGAUCCCCCUGUGCUAUAUGUCAACUGGACCAAAGAUGGGAACCACUUGAAUCUUGACAAUUUCCCAGGUUGGAUGGUGAACUCUGAGGGCUCCGUUUUUAUUGCAAAAGCCAAUGACAAUGCUGUGGGCAUGUACACAUGUACAGCCUAUAACAGUUAUGGCACCAUGGGCCAGUCUGAACCCACCAAGGUCAUUUUGCAGGACCCACCAUCAUUCCGAGUGCCUCCCCUGGCUGAGUAUCUCCAGGAGGUGGGCAGACAGUUGAUCAUCCCUUGUGAAGCCAGCGGAGACCCCACUCCAAACAUAACGUGGAGUAAGAUUGGCCCUACUCCUCGCUCCCAGUACACUGUGUUGGCUAACGGCUCCCUCCUGCUGCAGCCACUUAGUAAAGAUCACCAUGGGGGCUGGGAGUGCUUGGCUACUAAUCGUGUUGCGACUGUCAGUGCAGGCACUGUGGUCAUGGUGCUGGGCACCAGUCCUCAUGUUGUGUCCUCAGUAUCUGUUGACACAGAGAUGAACCAGGCCAAUGUGUCAUGGGUACCUGGAUUUGAUGGUGGAUACACCCAGAAGUUCACUGUAUGGGUCAAGCAAGCAUCCAGAGGGAAACAUGAAUGGGCGUCUUUGCCUGUGCCGACAUCUAAAAACUACCUGUUGGUGACUGGGCUACUUGCUGGCACUGGCUAUCAGUUCAGUGUCCUUCCUCAGAAUAAACUGGGCUCUGGACCUUUCAGUGAAAUUGUUUCUGUGCGAACACAAGCUGUGCCAACAGAGGCACCUAUAGCCGUCACCACUCUCCCGAUCCUGGAUCCUCCCAUACUCUUGUCAGUCAACCGGACUAAGCGAGGUGUUCUCCCAUGGUCGCCCCCUGAUGCGCCAUCGUCUCCACUAACGGGCUAUGUGCUGCAGGUCCGCAUGGAUCAGAGCCAGUGGGUCAUCCUCAGCAGCAACAUCAGUGCCAAUCAGAGUGAACUACUUGUUCAAGGACUGCUGAGGGACUCCAGUUAUGAUCUGAGGCUGAUGUCUCGCAGCAACAAAGUGCUCAGUGAACCGAGUGAGUCUAUCAGUGUAUCCACCACAGGGAUGGAGAUUUACCCCUUGCGCCCAAGUUUCCUGGAGGUCAUUCCUCAGCCCCUGUUGGCUGGUGUGUUAGGAGGAGUGUGCUUCCUGUUUGUGGCCAUCAUCCUCUCGCUGGUGACAGCAUGCUAUAUGAGUCACAGGAGACGCCGUCGGCGCGUAAAGAGAAGACAGGAUCUCCCAUCUGCCCUUCAGAAGAACUCAUCUCCAGAAGCUCGCUCACCUCCUCGCAGCCCAGACAGUGUCCUAAAGCUGAAGCUGUGUCCACCGAUUCCCUUCUUCCCCAACUCCUCCUCCUCACAGUCCGAUCGGUCCUCCUUUGAUAAAGGCAGCCGUGGAGAAUACCAUGACCAGCGGAAACAACUCCUGUCCAACUCGUCUCCACCACCACAUUACACACUCUUUGAAAGUCAUCUGGGUUCUCAGGCCACCUCCCCAUCUGCUCUGGAGUCCAUCUCCAGAGGCCCAGAUGGACGCUUCAUUGUCCAACCACUGCCUGAGGGUUCCAGUCCCUCCAAUAGGAAGAUCUUGAAGAAGGACGUCCUGCAAAGUAAUGGUGGGGCAAGUGGCUCAGGGAGCAACAGGACGUCAUUAAGGGACUCCCCAAAGUCAAGCAUUUUGAGCUCAGAGAAGGACGAGAGGAAGAAUUCUCCUCUCACUGUUGACGUCCCAGAGCUGAGCAGACCUCCUUCCUCCCCUGGAAGAGUUCGGGCCAUGGCCAGAAACUUCUCCCGUCACGGCUGCUUUUACUCUGAUGAUGAACAAGGCUCAGAGGCCCUAUUGGAAAGAGCCAGCUUCUAUUCAGACAACAGUGAGAAAAAACCCAGUGAUUGUCUUAGGAGAUAUCGCAUGCCGGGCCACACUGAAGAUCUUUUUCCGAGUUUGGGGAGGAGAACUAAGCUUCUGGAUAGAGAUAGAGCACAGCAAAUAGGCUACCAGCCUAUUGAGAGUCAAUUGACUAAUAACAGCACCCUUGUCUCACAACUUGACAGUGAGCUGGAGAGGGAUAGCAUUAAUAAGUGUGUCCAGUUGGCAAAGGAGAGAGAAGAAAUGGAGAAGGAGCUGGAGAGCUACAGAACCGAUCAAAAAAGUCAAGGUCGUGGGAGAGAUGAACGUCAGUCUAAUAAGACAGAAAGCCCUUCAAGGGGCACACCCAAGACAGUGGAAGAGCCUGUAUGGAAACCACAAGAUGUUGCCAUCAGACAGAAACACAGGCCCUCAGGUCAGACAAGUCGGGUAUCUGAGUAUCGGAGGGCAUGCUACUUUGGGAAUACUAGCAGUCCCAUGAACUGCCUCCCUACGUCUCGCAUACAGUGGGACAUUAGCCCUGUUACAUCGAUCACCAGCCUCAUUCCUGUACGGACCCCCCGGGAGACCACUUCGCCCAUGUCACAGCAUCCUCGCACAUGUAGGGAAACCACAGAUGACUCUCUUGCUGUGGAUUCAUCGCGCUCUCCGGUUACCCAGAACACCUCCCUCCCCACGCUCUCCCCUGAUGUCACCUCAGAAGAUCUACCAACACCAGAUAGAGCCAGGUCAUUGAGUCCUCAGAGACAGCCAGAUAUGUGCAGGAAGGCCAUGACUGAGCAGGGGUUAGGGGAAAAGACACAAGAAGGAGAUGUUGCUUCAAGGUCCAGACAUUCAUUUGCUUAUGCAGGCACUCAACUGUGGGAUUCGGCUGCCAGAAGUUCUUUGGUUGAUAGUGAGAGGCUUGAAAGUUCAGCCUCUGCACCAUAUAAUCAGCCUGAGAUAACUGAAGAAGUAGACUACACG